ACUGGCAUCCUCACUGUGAUCCUGCUGCCGAUUCGUGUUUCGAUAAUAUGCUUCUUCGUCAUAGUAGGCUGGAUAUUCGCCUCCAUAGGCCUGUGCGGUCUCACUGAGCAGGAAUUGCGUGAAAAGCCGCUAGAUGGAUGGAGAAAGAAAAUGAAACACUUGGUGUGUUUUUUCGGAAAGAGCAGUUUCCGGGCAGGAGGCAUGCACAUGACUGUGAAAGGAAGGCAGGCGAGCAAGCGGGAGGCUCCCAUCCUGGUCGCUGCUCCCCAUUCCACUUUUCUCGAUGGGGGGAUCGUGUACGUCACUGGGUUCCCAUCCACGAUCUGUCGGAGGGAGAGCGGGGCGAACAAUCAUAUAGGGAAGUUGAUAAAUUUCACGCAACCAGUCUAUGUUUGGAGAGACGAUCCAGAUUCUCGUCAAAACACAAUCAAAGAAAUCAUCAGCCGAGCUACCUCCGAUCAGGAUUGGCCCCAAAUACUGAUAUUCCCAGAAGGCACUUGCACCAAUAGAUCAUGUUUAAUAACCUUCAAACCAGGAGCUUUUUACCCAGGAGUUCCGAUUCAGCCUGUAUGUAUACGAUAUCCAAACAAACUUGAUACUGUAACAUGGACAUGGGAAGGGCCCAGUGCACUGAAACUUUUAUGGUUGACCUUGACGCAGCCCUACAGUAACUGCGAAAUAGAGUUUUUGCCAGUGUACAAUCCUAGUGAGGAAGAGAAGAGAGACCCAAAACUAUUUGCUAUCAAUGUGAGGGCCGUUAUGGCGAAGGCAUUGGGUAUUCCAGUGAUCGAUUAUUCUUAUGAUGAUUGCAAACUGAUGACGAAAGCCAAAGAAAUGAAUCUUCCCUAUGCUCCAUCGUUAGUGGAAGUUCGUAAACUACGGAAUCGCUUGAGGUUGAGCGACACUAACAUCGAGAAGACUCUCUUCGACUCGACUCUCGUGUGCAAAGACUGUAGUAAAAUAACUUAUUUAGAAUUUGUAAAUUUACUUAACAUCCCAUCGACCGAUCCAUCUUCGCUUCAGCUGUUCAAGAUCUAUGAUAAGAAAAAUAGCGGUGUGAUCGACUUCAGAGAAUACCUGUUAGGCGUUUUCGGCAUGGACAACAACAAGAGUGUGUUGGAAGUUCUCCACAUAGCUUGCAAGAUUUAUGAUAGAAGCGGAUACGGGCGACUAUCUCCAGAAGGUUUUUGCAAAGCAGCGUGUCAAACUCUAGCUUUGAGUAGAGAAUAUGCAUUAGAAGUAUUUGAUCAAGUUGACAGGAAUCAACUUGGGUAUAUAACAUUUGAAAACUUCGUCAAUUAUGCUCAGAAGAAAGCUGAAUUCGCCAGUCUCUUCAGUUUGUCUCAAGAAGAGAAAUUCCCGCAGAAGAAUGGAGAGAUGUCAUGCCAGAACUAUAAUAGCAGUAAAAAAGUUGAUUGAUCCUCACUCAUAUUACAUAUGUAAUUUAUGGGGAUAUAUUGAGAAAUUGAACCAUA